UACACUGAUCCAUUCCCAGCUUCUUCGCACAGUACAGGACGCCCCGUCCGGCCUCAGCUUCAUCUGCCCGGGCUUGGUAAACAACAGCAGACCCUGCACACUAAAGGUACCCGGGUGGAUGAGAGACAGUCCAGAGGGUCGGUUGGCACCCACUUACUCCUCUCUGCAAGGCGCCCCGCAGGACAGAAGCGGUACAAGUCACAGGCAAACAUGGCUUUGAAGAUUGUCAAAGGGAGCAUCGAUCGGAUGUUCGAUAAAAACCUUCAGGAUUUAGUACGUGGCAUCAGGAAUCACAAGGAAGAAGAGGCCAAGUACAUCUCCACAUGCAUCGAUGAAAUCAAACAGGAGCUCAAGCAGGACAACAUCGCUGUCAAAGCCAAUGCCGUGUGCAAGCUCACCUAUCUUCAGAUGCUCGGCUAUGAUGUCAGCUGGGCCGCUUUCAACAUCGUUGAAGUCAUGAGCUCCUCCAAGUUCACAUACAAGAGGAUUGGCUACCUGGCGGCCUCUCAGUGCUUUCAUGAGAGCACUGAUGUCAUCAUGCUGACAACCAAUCAGAUUCGAAAGGAUCUCAGCAGUCCCAACCAGUAUGACACAGGUGUUGCCCUCACCGGCCUCUCUUGUUUUGUAACCCCUGACCUGGCUCGGGACCUGGCAAAUGACAUUAUGACACUGAUGUCCCACACUAAACCGUACAUCAGAAAGAAAGCGGUGUUGAUCAUGUAUAAGGUUUUCCUGAAGUACCCGGAGUCCCUGCGACCUGCUUUCCCCAGGCUGAAGGAGAAACUGGAGGACCCAGACCCAGGUGUCCAGUCUGCAGCAGUAAAUGUGAUCUGUGAGCUGGCUCGGAGGAAUCCCAAGAACUACCUGUCUCUGGCCCCGCUCUUCUUCAAGCUCAUGACCUCCUCCACCAAUAACUGGGUUCUCAUUAAGAUCAUCAAACUGUUUGGUGCGCUCACACCACUGGAGCCACGGUUGGGGAAGAAGCUGAUCGAACCUCUGACCAACUUAAUCCACAGUACCUCUGCCAUGUCGCUGCUGUAUGAAUGUGUCAACACAGUGAUAGCAGUGUUGAUUUCGUUGUCGUCGGGGAUGCCUAACCACAGUGCUAGUAUCCAGCUCUGUGUGCAGAAACUGCGAAUCCUGAUAGAAGACUCGGACCAGAACUUGAAGUACCUGGGCCUGCUGGCUAUGUCAAAGAUCCUGAAGACCCACCCCAAGUCAGUGCAGUCUCACAAAGACCUGAUCCUCCAGUGUCUGGACGACAAGGACGAGUCCAUCCGCCUCAGAGCUCUGGACCUGCUCUAUGGGAUGGUGUCCAAAAAGAACUUGAUGGAGAUCGUGAAGAAGCUGAUGCUGCAUGUGGACAAAGCGGAGGGAACGACCUACAGAGACGAGCUGCUCACCAAGAUCAUCGACAUCUGCAGCCAGAGCAACUACCAGUACAUCACCAACUUCGAAUGGUACAUCAGUAUCCUGGUGGAGCUGACCCGGUUAGAGGGCACACGGCACGGCCACCUCAUCGCCUCUCAGAUGCUGGACGUGGCGAUCCGGGUCAAAGCCAUCCGAGGAUUUGCCGUUGCCCAGAUGGCAACUCUGCUGGACAACGCUCACCUGUUGACGGGCAACGUGCAGCGGAAGGGCAUCUGUGAAGUGCUGUACGCUGCAGCCUGGAUCUGUGGGGAAUUCUCAGAACACCUGGAGAACCCGAUGCAGACAUUAGAGGCCAUGCUGCGACCGAAGGUGGCCACCUUACCGGGCCACAUCCAGGCCGUGUACGUACAGAAUGCAGCCAAGCUGUUUGCCACCGUGCUGAAGAGCGGGGAGGGGAGCGCGGACAGCACUGCAGCACAGGAGAUGAUGAUUGAGAGGCUGCCGUUGUUCGUCCAGAGCGCCAACCUGGAGGUGCAGGAGAGGGCGUCCUGCAUCCUGCAGCUGGUCAAGUACAUCCAGAAACUGCAGCAGAAGGAUGUAGAAAUAGCGGAGGAAGUCAUCGCUCUGUUCGCUGGAGAACUCAACCCUGUUGCCCCAAAGGCACAGAAGAAAGUGCCUGUUCCUGAAGGUCUGGACCUCGAUGCCUGGAUCAACGAGCCUCCGUCUGAGAGCGAGUCUGAGGACGAGCAGCCCAAGGCUAUUUUCUCCAAGGAGGAGCCCAAACACUCCCGCCCCCGUCACACCGAGGUGGACGAGAAGGAGCUGGCAAAGAGGAGAGAAGCCAGAAAGCAGGAGCAAGCCAACAACCCGUUCUACAUCAAGGCCUCCCCGUCCUCUCAGAAGGUGUACCAGGAGGCCCCCGGAGUGGAGCACAUCCCUGUCGUGCAGAUUGACCUCACUGUGCCUCUCAAAGUCCCAGGUCUGCCUAUGUCCGACCAGUAUGUGAAACUGGAGGAGGAGCGUCGGCAGAAGGACAGAGCCGAUAAGAAGAAGAAGGAGAAGAAGAAGAGGAAAGAAAAGCGCAGCGGACGAGGGAAGAAACACGACUCGGGUCCAGAGAGCGAGGAGGACAUCACGCCUGCGCACAUGGUCGACAUUGUUACAGAGGAGAUGCCAGAGAAUGCCUUACCCAGUGAUGAUGAUGACAAAGAUCCCAAUGACCCUCACAAAGCCCUGGACAUCGACCUGGACAACUUGGUGCAGAAGGCCGCGAUCAGGCCUCUUGCGGACAGUGAAAAGCUGCCCGUCAGGUCACACCGUGCUGCAGAGGUUCUGAAAAGCCCUGCUGAAGAUGGAGACGCAGAGAGGAGCGUCUCACAGGAGCCCAAGAAGAAGAGCAGCAAAGAAAAGAAAGAGAAGAAGAAGGAUAAAGACAGGGACAGGAAGAAGAGCAAAGAAGAGAAAAAGAAAAAGAAGCACAAACAUGAGGACAAGGGGGAGGAUCUUCUCGGGGGUCAGGAGGACGAGCCUGUGGUCCAAUCAGAGGAAACCAGUGAGGUGGCGGCACCGCCCUCCUCCACCACCGCUGAGGUUUCGGAUCUGGAUUUCUGGCUCUCAAACGCUCCAGUGCCCUCUAACACCCAGGGAGCAGCAACAGUAGCAGCAGCAGCAGCAGCAGACCCUGUGCCUGAGGCGGCUUCUGGCGCGGCGCCAGACUCUGAGCCUGAAGAGCCCAAAGACACCGAGGCGGAGGAGACUAAGUCCUCCAAACACAAGAAGAAGAAGCAGAAAAAGGAGAAGGAAGAGAAGGAGAAGAAAAAGAAGAAGAAGCAUCAUCAUCAUCACCGCCACAGUGACGCAGGAGGGGAGGAGUCGGUGCAGAACGGCACCGUGGAGGAGGAAGAGCCGCUGCCGCCCAUGUCCAAUUACUGCCUGCUGGCGGAGAACUCCUACAUCAAGAUGAUGUUGGAGGAUGCUGAUCAGGUGAACGACAUCCAGGGGAAUCUGCAGGAUGGCAGUCAGGUGGUGGUGUCGGUUAUCUUUGAAAACAAGUGUGAGAGCUUCCUGAAAUCCAUGGAGUUCAACGUGCUGGACUCUCUCAACUCCAAGCUGCAGAGGCCGGAGGGAUCGGGGGCGCAUGAUGGCCUCACCGUCCCCUUCCAACUCCCCCCUGGGGUUUCCAAUGAGGCGCGGUUUGUGUUCACCAUGCAGAGCAUCGUGAUGCCGCAGAAACUGAAGGGAACCCUCACCUUCAUCGUCAAGAAUGAAGACUCCUCUACUCAUGAGAAACUGGACUUCAAACUGCACUUUACCUGCACCUCCUACCUGAUCACUACUCCCUGCUACAGUGAUGCGUUCGCUAAGCUGCUCGAGUCGGGCGACCUGAAGUGCAGCUCCGUCAAACUGGAGGGAAUCAGCAUGCCCUUCCACCACCUCCUGGCCAGGAUCUGCUUCCACCACCAUUUCUCUGUGGUGGAGAGGAUCGACUCCUGUGCCUCCAUGUACAGCAGAUCUAUCCAGGGUCACCACGUCUGUCUGCUGGUCAAAACUUCUGAUCAGACGGUGUCCAUUGACGCUAAAUGUGACGAGCCGACGCUGCUCGGGAAUGUGCUGGAUGAGAUCAAGCAGACCUUCUCUCAGUGCUGAUUGUGUCCGACAGCCCCAGGGUGCCCCCCCGACCCCUCCAUGCAACCCCCCCUCGCUGCAACACAACAUAAUCAUGUUACGAAACACUGCGGCUGGCACUCCCAGUAUCGCCCUAUUUAUUAGUCCUCAGAUUCACAAAAUUUCUACCCCCUUACCUUCUUCCUCUUCACUCUCUGUUCCGCUGAGCUCUGUGGUCACUCCCACACACUCCAUGUUGUUUUACAGACUCACUGUGUAAAUGCGCCGUCUUCUCUGCAGCGCACUUUCAUCUUUACUUCCUGGUUUCCCAUGACUGUACUGAGGUCGUUCUUCUGGAUGCCCUGCGUCCUCGGCUCCUUCCUGUGUACCUUCACUCUGUCGGAAAUUCACUCUGUGACAGUCAUGUAAUGUAGUGUUGACAACUGGACUUUUGCUGUUGAUGGUUGAAAUGUGAUUUUACUGUUUUGCAGUUCUUUUUUUGUCUUUGGUUUGUUUGUUGUUUUGUCUCUUUUCAUUUGUCUGAAACCUGUCUGCGCCUUUGUCUCGCCCCUUUUCUUUCUGCCCUCUUAACGACAGUGUUUGUGCUGCUCAGCUUUGUAGACCAUGCAACUGAUGUUUCUCAAACUGGAAAAUGGGGACUCUAACCUCCUCACAGUAGUGGGGAGGUGUAACCAAAGCUACAUAUAAGGCAUGGAUUUUAAACUUCUUUCAGAGCCGUUGCCCUACUUGCCUUUUGACAAGGCUCAGAGCAGAUCUGCUGGUGUUAGUUCAACACAAUCCUUGUGAGGCACUACGGGUGAUUAGUACAGUAGAUGAGUGGUUGCUCUGUGCCUUAGCUGUGCAGUCUGACCUAUUCCAGCGCUUUGUGAGUUUCGUAGAGCCCCCCCUCUCUACCCAGUCUAUCUGCUCCCUCAAUCAACUGUGCUAAGCUGCAGUUUGAUCCCCUAAGAACUUCCAACAUAUCAUUCCUCUCCCAAAUCAAAGAUUAAUUUGAAGAUAUCAAAAUAAUUCAAUUUAACCUCAGAGUAGUGUGCAGUCUAACGUGAGAUCUCUGGACGUUGCCUCCUUUUAUCAGCCUCGUCUUCAACUCACAGAUGGAUUUGUCAGUUAAAUAGAAGAUGUUGUAUUCCUGUAAUACACAGAAAGAUACUGUUAUUUUUAUGGAACUGAUAUGGUGCUGAGGGCCUUUAUUUGUGUCACCAUAUGGUCAAGUUAGGGACAGAAUAAUCUGGCAUGAAGCUGCCCGUGUUACAUCGCUGUCCUGCCUCCUUUCUUUAGGAAAGUCAAAUUUGACUAGCUGAGAGACGACAAAACCUGUCCUCUAAUGUUAAAACAUUCAGGUUGCAAGUUGUUUGUAAGCAGAAACUGUGGUUACAUUUCAAUCAGUAUUAGGCAACAUGACUGCCAAUGUAAGGGAGCCUCCACACUGUUAGCAGCAGCUUUGUCUGUCUUCAUGAGGAAUUAUGUGAGACAUUUACACCUGUGCCACUGACUAGCAUUGCAGUAGCUUUACUGACACCCAGAUAAACCCAAAGGUUUCCUUUCCCUUCAGAAACUGCCUUCCCGUUUUUUGUGCAUUGACAUUGUGACAACAUGAACGGGCCACGUUUAUUUUUAAAUGGCUGCCUCUUGUUAAUCUCUCAGAGGUACUGUCUGAGGUCACUACCCGGUCCAGCACGACUUAACCUUGUUGUAGCAAGAUAAAAACCGACUCGGUAGCGUCUCUGAUCACACAUACUGGUAAGGCCCUCUUCAUAUCUGUCUGCUAUAUUAGAUAACGACUAUGAUAAUGAUGUCUGUGACCUGCAGAUCAGGUCAGCCAUUCCAUGAGAUCUUCUGUCCUGUAGUUGAGUCUGAAUGCCGAGUGAUCCGCUGUAUUUCAGAACCGUCACUAGAAAAUAAGUAUGUAUGUAUUCCCUGUUCCUGCAAAUGACUGAUAUAAUAGAACCUGGAAAAAAAAACAAUUCCCCUAAUCGUCCAUUGUCCUGAUUCUGAUCAUUAUCCUGUGCAUUUUUGAUUAAAAUGUGUAUAUUGCAUGAUUAGGAAUUUACACUUUUUAUUUCCUUUUAUUUCUGACAUGCUUACACAAAGAAAAACUUGUCAUUCCAGUUUGUCCUUUUUCUUUAUAGUUUUUUUUUUAAAAAGAAGUUUACUUGACCAUUCUCUAUUUUUGAUGGUAUUGUGUUUUUAUCUACAAGUUCAGACAACUAAAAAAAAAAAGUGAUAUCGUUGAAUGUUUUAAAUUAUUAAACACAGGGGAAGGAAGGGGGUUAUAUUUGGUGUCAUUACACUAACGGCAUGGGGCUCCCUAUAAUAAGUGGAAUGGAACAGGUCAUAUGAAGCAGUGUACUGAGAGGCGACCCACUCUGUCUUAAGCUCUGUUGGUUCAGUUGUAGUGAGUUAUUUUACCAAGUUUGGCUUGUGACAUUGAAAUAUACUCUGGUAUGACUCUGAAUUUGGAAGGUCCUGUCUUUUCAUUUCUCCAUAUUCCAUUAUCAAGCUGUACAAUGUAAAAUGUUUUAAAGGGGACAACAUAAAUUAUCUACAUUCCCUUUAAAGAAAGUCCACCCAAAUUAAAAAUAAAGGCUUUCAGAAGCGUCUGUA